AUGAGGGGCCGCAGGGGCGACCGCAUGACCAUCAACAUUCAGGAGCACAUGGCCAUCAACGUGUGCCCCGGGCCCAUCCGGCCCAUCCGCCAGAUCUCCGACUACUUCCCCCGCCUGGGACCGGGACCCGAAGGAGGGGGUGGCGGCGGCGGGAGCUGCGGGGAAGCCCCUGCCCAUCUGGCUCCCCUGGCUCUGGCCCCCCCAGCCGCCCUCCUUGGGGCUAGCACGCCCGAGGAUGGAGCCGAGGUGGACAGUUACGACUCGGACGAUGCCACUGCCCUGGGCACCCUGGAGUUCGACCUUCUGUAUGACCAGGCAUCCUGCACCUUGCACUGUAGCAUCCUCAGGGCCAAGGGCCUCAAGCCCAUGGACUUCAACGGCCUGGCCGACCCCUAUGUUAAGCUGCACCUGUUGCCUGGAGCCUGCAAGGCCAAUAAGCUAAAAACCAAGACUCAGAGGAACACGUUGAAUCCCGUGUGGAACGAGGAUCUGACGUACAGCGGGAUCACGGUUGAUGACAUCACUCACAAGGUGCUCAGGAUCUCCGUCUGCGAUGAAGACAAGCUGAGCCACAAUGAGUUUAUUGGGGAGAUCCGAGUACCCCUUCGCCGUCUCAAGCCUUCACAAAAGAAGCAUUUUAACAUCUGCCUUGAACGCCAGGUCCCGCUGGCUUCACCCUCUUCCAUGUCGGCAGCAUUGAGGGGCAUUUCCUGCUACCUGAAGGAGCUGGAGCAGGCAGAGCAGGGGCCUGGGCUGCUGGAGGAGCGUGGCCGCAUCCUGCUGAGCCUCAGCUACAGCUCCCGGCGCCGGGGGCUGCUGGUAGGCAUCAUCCGCUGUGCCCACCUGGCUGCCAUGGACGUCAACGGCUACUCAGACCCCUACGUCAAGACGUACCUGAGACCGGAUGUGGAUAAGAAAUCUAAGCACAAGACGUGUGUGAAGAAGAAGACGCUGAAUCCAGAAUUUCAUGAGGAGUUUUUCUAUGAGAUGGAGCUCUCCGCCCUGGCUGCCAAGACCCUGGAGGUUACCGUCUGGGACUAUGACAUCGGCAAAUCUAACGACUUCAUCGGCGGCGUGUCCUUGGGGCCGGGUGCCCGUGGAGAGGCCCGGAAACACUGGUGCGACUGCCUGCAGCAGCUGGACACAGCCCUGGAGCGCUGGCACACCCUGACCAGCGAACUGCCCCCAGCUGCUGGGGCUCUGCCCUCAGCCUGA